AUGGCCACAAAAAAGUCAGCCUUAGACGCAUUGCGUUCUCAGGUCCUCUCACACACCGGAGCUGAGGAGCGAGUCGAAGUUAACCAGCGCCAUCUUAUCGACAAGAUUCUCGCCAGAUACUCUGCUGAAUAUGUCGUCUACCGCGAGCUGAUGCAGAACUCAGAUGAUGCGGGCGCAAAGGGGAUCGAGGUAGUCUUUGAGAGUGCAUCACCCAACAGCCAAGAGACGACCCCCAAUCUGAGCGCCAAGAUCACUAGAGUCCUGUUUAAGAACAAUGGAAUGGACUUUCGGCCAGAGGACUGGAACCGACUCAAGAAGAUCGCAGAAGGAAACCCAGACGAGUCCAAGAUCGGUGCCUUCGGAGUGGGAUUUUACUCUCUCUUUUCCAUCUGUGAGGAGCCAUUCGUAUCGUCGGGAAAGGAGUGCAUGGCGUUUUACUGGAGGAACGACCAACUUUACGCUAAGCGCGCAGUAAUUCCAGACGAUGAGAACCAACAGGACGGCUGGACGACAUUCCUUCUUGACCUGCGUGAGCCCAUGGAUAUGUUGAGUAUGGAUGAGUUUGGUCCCUUCUUGGCUCGCUCACUUGGGUUCACCGCCAACCUCCGCGACAUCUCCGUCUAUUUGGAUCAUCACUGCAUCUUGAAGAUCGCAAAGAAGAUGCGAGAACCCCGACCUAUGACCCUCCCCAAGACCAUGUACAUGACGUCGCCUCAAAAGAUUUUUACGCUCAAGUCGGUCGAUCUUCAGAGCGUGCAACUGGACGCCACCAAAAUGGAAGUAUCACGAUGGACGCGGGAGGUCACACACACCUCGACCACCAUCUUCUUACGUACCGCCUCAGGAAAUCUCGAUGUCAAAGUGUCAAAGCAAUUCUCAAACGAAAUGGAACGCACGACCAAAAAGUAUCCUCCUAGUCAAACCGCGAUUCAGAUCCUCUAUGUGGGACAUGACGAGAAACAGGCUUCAGCAGACAACAAGUCGAUCUUCAAGGACCUGGUCCCCUUCCCAGAACAAGGACGGAUAUUCAUCGGGUUCCCAACCCACCAGACGACAGGAUUCAGCAGUCAUGUCGCUGGUCGCUUCAUCCCUACCGUCGAGCGUGAGAGUCUGGACUUUGUCGAUAAGACUCUCCAAAUCUGGAACCACGAACUCCUCUCCAUGGCUGGAUUGCUUUCCAGAGCUCUUUAUGAAGACGAGCUGCUCCAGAUUGGAAACCUCUACAGCGAGAUGAUUACCGCCCACCAAAAACCAGACCAGCCUGACGAUGAGGCGACGGCAACGGCGAGAGACUGGCUGGAGAAGCGUGCUCUUCACGCGUUGCAGGCGUUUCAAUUUCACCCAAGUACCCCAAGCCCUCAAGUCGGACACUACAUCGACGCGUACUUUUUCAGGAUGUCGACAUUAGCGCUUUCUAUCCUGUCGUCGAACGGCGUCAAAACAUUGGAUAAGGUCCGCAUCCCUGAGCCCACAAUGGCUUCCUUCUUGACACAACUACCUACCAUCCCGAGCAAUGUCUACACUGGCAGCCAAAAGUUUAUCGACAAACUGGAGAAAGCCGGAAAGAUUCAGAGGAUAGCGUUCAAGGAUGUGCUCCUGGAACUGGAGAGCAGGACGCUGACAGAGAUGCAGAUGGUAGCGAUGCUGAAGUGGUGGAUCGAUUUCAGUUCCAAGUACGUCAUCCCUAACCCCGAGGUCGACGCCUUCUUCCAAUUGGCUUUGGUCUGCUCGGGUGAUACAGUCAAGCCUCUUGCCAGUCUCAAGUGGUUCGUCAACCCCAAAGUCACACCGACUGACAUGCCUCUGCCACCCAACACACUGCCCUAUGACAUUACCAAGACCUUCACGCAACCUGAACUCUCUCGGAUAUCGGACUCUUGGCAGGAACUCAACCUGUUGGAGUGGACGAAGUUUAUUAUCAACGAUGCUGACUUUGAAGUGUCGCCCGUGUUUGCAGAGAAGGUCCUGCUCGUGUUGUCUCGCGGAUGGGGUCAGCUUAAUGAGAACUCUCAGCGGGCGAUUGUUGCAUUGUUGUCGCAGAAGAAGUGUAUUCCUACGAAGUACGGAAUGAAGGUGGCCAACGAGUCGUAUUUCCGCACUGUGACGCUGUUCCCCGAUCUUCCGGUCAUGGUCUUCACCAAGCAGCCUUUGGAGAAACUCUUGCUCUCCAUGGGCGCUCGUAAGAGUGUGGAACUGCAAUUGGUGUUUGAUCGACUGGUGAACGCUGGCAGCUGGGACCACAUGCAGCUCGUCAAGUACCUCGCUUCUGUCAGGGAGACUCUGUCGUCAGGAGAGGUCAAGCGUCUCAAGGCCACCCCCAUCUUUCCCAAGGAAGGUCCCGAUGCGGUUAAACCAGUCACCCCACCACCCCAACGCGUCAAGGCAGAGGGCGAUACUACAGAGUUACCACCCCCUCCUUCACCCGUUCAAGUCAAACGCUACCCCGCCAAUACCCUCUACGCCCCCAAUGAGGUGCUUGCGGCGCUUGGUCUCCCAAUGAUCGAGUGGAAGGGUCGCUGGCGGGCGACGUCCGAUGAAGCUAGGCUGUUAUUUGAGCUUGGUUUGCUUACGCAUCCUACCUUGGAUGUCCUCCUGACUUUGGUAUCCACACCUACCGACAAGGAUAUUCAGGCAAACGCACUUGCGUACCUGUUGGAGAACUUCAAAACCCAGUACACUCUCCAAUACAGCCCCAGCAAGGUCAAGUCGAUGUUCCUCCCAACCACCGCCGGCACAUUUGAGACGCCAGAGGGAUGCUUCUGGAAUCCAUCGUGCAGCGUGAUGAACUUUCCUGUUCUGAGGGAAGAUCUCCGUGUCCACGCUGUGAUGCUCGGUAUCAGGGAAAAUCCUCUCCCCGCCAAGUUACUGGAGCGCCUUGCACAAUCGCCUCCGCCUACCAAGGAGAAAGGAAAGGAGAUCUUUGAGUUCCUUGGCAAGUUCCAGGGAGAGUUUGGUCACCAUCAUUGGUCCGCUCUGAGAACGCUCAAGUUUAUUCCACUGGAUGACAGUGGCAGUAACUUUGUUCAACCGCAGAGUUGCUACUUUGACAAGAAGGACUCAGCGUUCCAUCCGGAUCUCUUGACCACGGUUGAUUUCGGUCGGGCUGCCAACUUGUUCUUGAAGUCGUGUGGUGUGAAAGAGGAACCCACCCCCGUCGAACUGACCCAGCUGGUCGUGCGUGCACCUCAUGACUUCUUGAACCGGAACGGAGGUGUUGAGAACUACAAAUCUGUCCUGCGACAGAUCGCCUCCCACAUGCAUGUUAUCCGGACUCAGAAGGCGCUUGUUACCGAGAUGAUGCGGUCACCGUUCCUCUUGGGCGAGAAGAGGAUCAAUCAGGACGUGGAUGAGGAGACGGAUACAGGAUCCAAGCCCAAUGCUGACGGAAAGGGUGAUGAUGACGAUGAAGAGGGAUCCUCGAGCGCCAAUCAAGGACAGGUGGUCGUCCAGUAUAAGUUGGCCAAGGCCAGCGACAUCUAUCUGAUCGACGACACUGUGCUUCAGCAGAUCUUCACGCCACUCAGUGCACCCAUGGAAAGCCAUCUCGAGACACUCUACGAGGCCCUUGGCAGUACUUGGAUCUCGAGACAGGUCAAGGAGACCUGCCGUCCUCAAGGAGCUCUUGCCAUGACGCGUCGUUCGGAGAACCUGCAAGAGUUGAUUGUGGAGCGCGCCCCAUUGCUUCUGAGCGACCACCCGCCCAGCCGCCUGAACUUCAACUUGGACUGGUUGACGACCAAGCUGAAGGUUCGACAGGUCCCUGAGAUCCAGUUGCGGCGAGAAUUCAUCCCCACCGGCGCGAUUCAUAGCGAGUCGACCACGGCGUGUAUUGUCCAGGAUCAGGCCAAGGCUUACUACCUUCUGGUGACAGCCAAGGGCGAUAUGGACUACUUUGAUAUUGCUGACGCACUUGCCAAGUUGCUACUCAGGAAGAAGAAGCUGAACGAUUCCAUUUGGUGGUCCAACCUUCUCUUCACCAGCCUCGUGAACCUCAAGCGCAAGGGAUUCCAAGUGGACCGUAUCCUGAAUGCGAAGAGGGCAGAGAAGGCUCGAGUGGAGGCAGCGGCCAAGGCAGAUGCAGCAGCGGCGGCACAGGCAGCGGCCAACGUGAAACUGGGACCUAAGCAGACAGCCGAGUACCUGGCGCAGCUGAAGGAGGUGUUCCCUAACUGUGACCCCGCCUUCUUGAUGGACGCCAUCUCCAAGGAAACCCAGGAUCAUGUCCAGCGCGUCACUAUGAAGUUGCUGGAUUCUGGAUACCCAAUGAUUAAUAAUGGCCAGAGCAAGAGCAACAACAAUAUGGCGGUUGCUCCAUCUGUCCCUGGAUCGUUCCCGACUCAGGAUACGAGUUCGAAUGUUUCGACCAUCUCGACGCUACCUCCUCUGCCACCUGUUCAGACCAACAACGCAGCAAGUUCUUCUUCGGGCGGCGGCGGAUCUUUCUUCAGCCGGCUGAAAACUCUCCGUGAUAGCGUAAUUGGCAAGCCAGUGACCACCCCCAACCCAGACGGUGUUUCUUCUGGAAUUGAAGCCUCGGGACCUGGAACUGCAGUGUCGACGAUCAAGAGCGGUGCCAACACACCGCCACCACAACUACCAACCAACACGAUCGUCAAGGGGUUUGCACCAGACUACCAACAGAACCUCCAGCAGUCUCUCAAAUCCGCAGUCGCCAAUUGCCGAUCGAACGGACGGGACGAUAUCCGCAGCGAACCCACGGCGUCGACAGUAUCAGAAGUCCUUACCAGCUCUUACUGCGAUGUCAAGCCCGGUCACCAACUCAACUUUGCGGGUCAUGCUGGGGAAUUGGAGUUUUACCUUGAUAAGGAUUGUGAUGCGGACGAGAUCAUGACCAAGGAGAAUCUCAAGUCCCUUGCACGGUUCGUUAGGUUGUUGAUGGUCCUUGCCCAAGAUGUCUUUAACCUCGUCCCCGAGACCAUGCAUGUAUAUUAUGACCCAGAGGGUCAGGCGAUUGCGUUCAACCGGGGCGGGUCGUUGUUCUUUAACUGGAGGUACUAUGUCGCAUUGGGACAUGAUGAUGGGGCUGGGUUGGCCAAGAAGCAGGUCCAGGGCAAGACUGUCACUGCACGCGACGAGGCAUUGAUCUAUUGGUUCUUUACCAUGGCUCACGAGUUGGCGCACAAUUUUGUUGGUGACCACAACAGCAAGCACGAGUUCUACUUUUCGUCGUUCUGUGAACAGUACUUGCCGGCGUUAAUGGUCGCGAUGGCCACCAAGGCUCCCGCCACGAUCGCUGCUUUUACAUCUGCAGCCGCCUCGCCUACGGUUCCCCCAGCCGAGAACAUUAUGGAUGCACCCGUCCCUAAUUAG